AGGUGUUCUUUCUGGAUACUUCAUUAAAAGUUUCCGCAACGCCAUAUUACUACAAACGAUGAAGCCGUUUCAUGAUGACGCCUUGUGAUGAAUAACAGUAAUGCUAUGAAGCUACCCCUGUAUAUGCUGAUAAUAGAAUCAACUCUAAUUGCUGCAGGUGUGGCGGUACAUCCAGGUUGUGAAUGCAUUAUCUUUUCUAAAAUGUACGGCAAAGAAAAAGGAUUCUUCAAGAGCCCGGACUUUCCGAAGCCGUAUUCACCCAAUAUCGAUUGCUUGCUUUACACCUUCAUCGGAAGUACUGAUGAGAUUGUCGAACUCAGUUUUUCGGAUUUCGACUUACACAAGACGCAGGGCAAUUGCAUUCUCGGAGACUACUUGAAAGUAUUCAUGCACUUAGAAGACGUCAGUGUGAAUGAAUACACUCCCUGGGAGAUACUGAUGUGCGGCGGAUAUGCAGACGUUCCUAAUAUAUUAUAUUCGUCUGGAUCUGUCUUAGUGCUGGAAUUUCAUUCCAGCCCAUACACAGCAAACUCCAGUGGAUUUUUAGGAACUUUUAAGUUCUUGGAGAAACGAUUAUUUCGCACUGACGGUUGGAAAUUGCCGAGUACCACUUGUGACUAUGAGUUUUACAGUUCGGACCAUUCACAACUUUAUGGAAAAUUCUACUCUCCGAGAUUUCCAUCUAGUUAUCCCAAGAAUAUUAGAUGUACUUACAAGUUUCAAGGAAGGCGUAAGGAACGUAUUCGGAUAAUAUUUGAAGAAGUUGCACUGCAAAAGGGAGAUAUCAGCUGUCUAAAUCGAGCAGACAUUAUCCGAGUCUUUGAUGGCAGCAGAUCUUCGGAUCCCUCCAUAAUACUCUUAUGUAACGAAGAGACGCAGAUUGAAAUACUUUCAACUGGUCCAGAUCUGUUCAUUGAAUUCGUAGCGAAUUCGGAUAAUCCUGGACGUGGAUUUAAAGGAAAAUUUCAGUUUCAACCCAGUGAUAAUGUAGUAGAUAGCCGUAGUCCCGGACUUCCUGGGCCACAUUCACAAUCAACAGAGACUGAACCUAAUGUUAGGGAAACAAGAUCCAGUUGUGAUGUAACUAUAAGUAGUGAUACAAAUAGGAAUGGAACAAUUAUUAGUCCGUCGUAUCCUUCACCAUAUCCUGCAAAAACGACUUGUACAUACGAAUUCCAAGGAAGAGGGAAAGAGAGGGUUCAAAUUGUCUUCCAGGAUUUUAGCUUAUAUAUUCCUAAUGCUAAUGCAAAAAAUUGUGAUAAUACUGAUUCGCUAGCGGUCUUCAUUCACAUCGACGGAAGAAUAGAAAAAAUUGAUAAAUUCUGUGGAACGACAUUACCUAAACCGAUAAUGUCGAACGGACCUCGACUGAAACUCGAGUUCCAAAGUUUCUAUACCUCCAGAUACUCCAGAGGGUUUAAAUCUACUUACGCCUUUAUGGAAAAUUUUGGUAUUAAAACCGGGACUCAGUUGUCUACUUAUCCUUGUGCCUUUGAAUUUAAUAGUAGCGAAUUAAGCGAAGGAUUUUUUCAUAGUCCGAAUUACCCUGGUUUUUAUCCUAGAGACACCGAAUGUCAUUAUUUUUUUAACGGAAAUGCUUCGGAACGGGUACAGCUGCAUUUCUACUAUUUUGAUGUUGAAGGCGUGUUACCCUGCGAAGCCGUUUCAGCCAGUGACUACGUUGAAUUUUCUAAUUAUUUAACAAGAGAUAGAAAAUUUUCAAGGUACUGCGGUCAACUCAAAGAGUUUGACGUAGAAUCUGAUAGGAAAUUCUUUAGAGUCACAUUUCGAUCCAAUGACAGACUUGAUGGUACCGGUUUUAACGCUACCUUUAAAUUUGUUAUGGGAAAAGAAAACCAUGGAAAGAAACUGAGUACCAGUGUAAAUGCCACUACAUUUAUAAAAGGUACAUGUCUCCUGGUAAUACUGAGUUUAAUUUCAUUGACCAAAAUAAAUACAUAAUCAUAGAAUUGAAGACAACAGGGAUCACUUAAGCAAUAUUUUUUCAUAAAUCAAAUCAUCAAAUCAUUUGAUUUCAAAUGAACUUACGUGUGCUAUAUUUCACAUGCAGGAUAUAACAAGAUGAAGACUGUAAAUAUAAAUAUUUAUGUUAUGUUUGUCUGUUCAAAUUUGUACAUAUAGUAAUAUAGUGUUUUUUAGAAAA